GCGUCCUCUGUCCCCGUGCUGCCGCUGCGUGCGCCUUUGCGUCGGGGAUUGCCCACUUCAGAUUCGAGCACGGAGGGCUCCCUCUCCCUCUCUCUCCUUGCCGGCAGCGCUGCGUCGGAAUCCGCGACUGGCCGGCUCCGUUCCAAACGGCCCAAGAUUAUUUUACGCAGGUCCCGAUUUUGUUGCCUGAGGAAUGUCCUCACCCAGCACUUCUCAGCCCCCAGCAGUGACAGAGGGAGAACCUACAACAGCUAACGAUAACGCAAGACCUCAUGACCCAGAUUUUGCAGGCACUGAUUCUGCUGAACCAGCACGAAGCAGACUUUCAUUGCAGUUGGAUCAGCGGUCAUUACAUUUUGCUGUUAGUGCUUGGGUUCUUAUUAUUGCGUUGAUUGGCAUCCUUCCACUGGCAACACGACAACUCCAAUACAAGGGAUACCGAUUGUCACUUCUUGGCACAACCUGUACCACAGGUUAUGCCUUAUUUGCUCUUUAUGGGCUACCCAGAGUAGGGAACACUCAGGCUGUUCAGGCAUGGGGUCACCUUGUCACUUCAUCGAAGGACUUUAUACCAUUCAUGUACUGCCUUAUGUUUGUUACGUCUAAACUACACUUGAAGCUUGUUUUGGUACCGGUAAUUUGUUGGGCACUCGAACAUGUUGCCAGAUUUCUGCGGCGCCAUUUUACCAAUUCCUCUCUGUACAGGUCAUACCUGGAGCCGCUUUGCACGUGGGUUGACAGAAACACAACUGCAGUCAACUUUCUGAUUGCAAAUGCAGAGAUUUUGUUGGGCUUUCUUUUGAUCUUAGCCCUGUUCUCGAAACAGCGCAAUGUUAUGCAAACAUUCAUGUACUGGCAGUUGCUGAAACUCAUGUAUCAUUCCCCUUUCACCGCUGGCUAUCACAGAGCUAUCUGGCUUAAAAUUGGCCGUACAGUUAACCCCUACAUCCACAGUUACACCCCUUUUCUUCAUGACCCGAUGAACGCUGGCAUGAGAUGGUGGUUCAGGUAGGAUGGAUAUGGCACCAGUAGUCAUGUAAAGGAAUAUAAAUGUUUUUGGUGAAGUUCCACAGUUAACCCAAUUCUUUUUCUUAGCAAGUUGCAGCUUGUGAGUGACUUGUUAAUAGUCCUUUUUUGCGACAUUGAGCUGAUGAUAAUGUUUAGUUAGUGAUCAGUAAUUCUUGUAACUUUGUGGUCAUGAUUGUAGAACUACUAGUAAAGAUCUUGAGGCUUUUGCCAUGAAGUGAAAAUUGCGAAGUGUAAUGUUGCUUAA